AUCAUACUGUCCUUAUUCUCCUGGAGAAAUCCCGUAGUUCAGAGCAGUGGAACACACCAAGCGAUUAACCGUGUUGCCAAAUGCAAAAAUGUCAUGUCCGAAUAACAUAGCGCCCGGUAACUUCCUGAUGGAUUCCUUAAUGGGAGGAUCAUCUUCCUUCAGGGGUGAGGGUUAUUCCAGCAACCCCGGAAUGUACAUCCACACAGCUGCAGAGUACGGAUAUUCAGUGAUGAGAAACAUUGGGAAGGUUGGACCAUCUUCACUCUCCAAAAGAGACGAUGUUCCUCCGGGCGGUCUGCCGCUCACCGGCUUCCAGGAUGCGCCCUACCUGUCAACACAGCUGGCCACAUGGACCCCAGGCUCCAAAACCAGUGGGGACGAACAACCUGUUGCCCAGUGUUUACAACCCUGCUCGUUUCCAGCGGGCAACGUCAAAGAGGAGGCGUUUUGUUGCCUCUAUCAGGAUGACAGCAAUAAGGGGAAACAGACAACAGAGUCGGCCACUUACAUCCGGCUUGGGGACAAUAGCUGCCGGCCUGAGCAAACCGCCGCUUCGUCCAGCGGCUGUUUCCAGGUGUACAACGGAGAGAGGCCCCAGCAGGACGAGCAGCAGCAGCAGCAGCAGUUCCCCUCCGGCUUCUCUCUGACCCACUUGGCGACAUCUGUUGAGUCAGCAUCAGAAUCGACAAUAAGUUGCAGCAAAUCGGCGCAAGAGACAGCGAGAGAGGUUUCAAAGACAGAAGAGAGUCAGAGCAGGAAGGAAGAGAAGGCCAAGAGUGACAGCUGUUCAGAUAACUCGGACGGGGAAUUAAAAGAUGAUUUAUCAGCGGAAAAGACAACGGGAAGCUGGUUGAAAGCCAAAAGUGGAAGGAAGAAGCGGUGUCCCUACACAAAGCACCAGACGCUGGAGCUGGAGAAGGAGUUCUUGUUCAACAUGUAUCUGUCUCGGGAGCGCCGCCUGGAGAUCAGCCGGAGUAUCAACCUGACCGACAGACAGGUCAAGAUCUGGUUCCAAAACAGACGCAUGAAGCUCAAGAAGCUCAACAGGGAGAGCCGAGAAAGGGAGCACGGUGCAGUUUACAACUACUCCUGAAAAUAAUAUUACCUGAGCAUACAUUUACACUCACACAUACACUCAUACACACACACACACACACACACACACACACACACACACACACACACACAGACAUGACAGGCACAGAUAUAGACAGACCAUGCAUGUGUCAUCUUAUAAUGCAUUCAAUUAUCAUUAAUCAAAUUUCCUCUUUAUGUGCACACACACACACACACACACACACACACACACACACACACCGCCGUGCCUUCCUAUAUGAACUAUAAAACGCUGCGACCUGCAGACUAGACUUUCCAGGUGAACACUUGCAGCAGCAUUGGAACAGUGAGGUGUUAUUACCUUGCGAUGAUAAUUUUAAUAUAACCUGAACCAAACGAAAGGAGGAACAGUCUAUAAAUAACUCGUGGCAUGUAAGCAGUUUCACUUUGCUGAGCUAUAAUGACUGUUAAGCCACUUGUGCAUCUUCUUCGUUGGUGUCUGUUGCUGGUGGCAUAUCCGUGCAGUGUAAUGUGCAUGCACAAGACGAUAUUAAGCUAUGUCAUGGCAAACGAUUCCAAAACAAUCAAAGGAGGGGGAAACGGAAAGGUAUUACCAACUUUGUCCUUCCCCUGGUAUAGUGGUGCAAAUGAGAGGGAGGGAGAGACACUGCGGAUGAGAGAAGGAGAUUAUGGCACUUUUAAUAGAAGUGAGAGACCAUAACGUUGAUUUAAAUAUUAUCCAGGUGACCACAGUAAGUCAAGGUCAUAAAAUUCUAAUGUCAGGUUCGCCCUGGAAAGCGUUGGGGGUGGAUUUUAUGAUCUGCAAAUAUAAUGUGCUGCAGCAGUAAAAGAUGCGUUUAAAGGUGUGUGUGGAGGAGGGCUAAUCCACACAGCAGAGACUGCAAUGUGCAGGAUCCAGCCGAGGCGCUGGGCUGGAGGGAGCAGCCGCCUCCACCCGGGGAUAAUGGGAGCUUCAUGCGAGCAGGAGAUAAGAAAGAUGGUGGAUAAAAGGGACAGCGACCGCGACGGCUGCGGGAACAAUAAUAACAACACGCCUCAAGGCAAACACGUGGAUAACUAAACGCACCGGGGAAGGCGUCCGCAGCAGGCAAGAGAAGAGGGAUCUUCGGGACAGUCGCCGCCUCUACCAGCCGCUGCCUGCGUUUAUCCCUACCGGAGGCAAUAAAGCCGCGUCUGGAUAGGGGGGGGAAAGGGAGCAAGCAAGCCUGCUUAGAAAAGACUUCUCCCGGCAAACAUACAAGCCUCUGCUUCCACAAGCUACUUGUCGACAGGAUGUGAAGACAGCCAGCAGUAAACGGGAGAGACGUGCGCUGUGUUGAUAUUUCCCACUCGUGACCCCUCAGCUGCUGUGUUGGACCACAGUGAAGCUACAAACUACGGAGAGCCCGCUGGGACAGUUCAUCGGGUUCAAAAUGAGUGGGACCGUGGAUUUAUCAGUAAAGAAACGCAGGCUGCUCAUAGAAAUGUUGUCUGAAGAAAUAUCGCAGGAGCUUCUUCGGGCACCCCAAGUUGCCAGCGGAUUACUUUGCAACUCCAGAGCUCUGUCAUUGGAGGACCACCACACGUGACUACGGCACCCUUCUGUUCCAGGUUGAACCCAGGUGAACAGUUUCAGUGCCCACUGGAACCUCUGGUUCACUGCCAUGCCAAGGGCAAGCUGGACAUCAAGAGCAGGAGCUGCAAUCUACUCACCAUCUGCCGCUCAGG